AAAUGCAGAACAACUUUCGUGACAGUACAAUAUUUCUUUGAAAAGUGAUGAGUCUGUUUUGCUGAGAGCAUAGAAUUAAGAUGGCUGAUGUUGUCAUUGGAGAAGAGUGCUAUGGUAGUCAUUCAUCGAAUCUGAGGAAGCGUUACGUCAGAUCGGACGACACAGGCCGGGUGAUAGUGUUGGAUGAAACUGAGAGAUAUACAUCAAUCGCUCAAUUUUUCAGGUCUGUGUUCUUACCGCAAGGCUAUCCAGAAAGUGUCAGUGAUGAUUACCUGAUCUAUCAACUUUGGGAUACCAUACAGGCUUUUGCGAGCAGUAUUACAGGCACCUUGGCCAGCCAAGCCCUACUUAAGGGUAUAGGUGUGGGAGAUGAGAAUGCUACAGUGCUAGCUGCAACCAUGACAUGGCUGCUUAAAGAUGGAACAAGCAUGGUGGGGCGAGUUGUGUUUGCCUGGCUACAGGGUACGAAGCUUGACUCUGAUGCAAAACGAUGGAGAUUAUUUGCUGACAUCACAAAUGAUGUUGCCAUAUUUCUGGAGAUCUUGGCUCCUUAUUUAGGCGUGUAUUUUACAGCAGUAGUCUGUGUAGCUGGGGUGGCAAAGUCCAUAGUGGGUGUGUCUGGGGGUGCAACCAGAGCUUCAUUGACAUUACAUCAAGCUCGGCGGAACAACAUGGCUGAUGUGGCAGCUAAAGACGGCAGUCAGGAGACCAUUGUGAAUCUGGCAGCUCUGCUGGUUAGCCUACUGGUGGUCCCCGUCAUCACUGGCAAACCUAUGUUGAUCUGGGCUUUAUUUAUUAUAUUCACCAUUGUCCAUCUGUAUGCCAAUUACUCAGCCGUCACAUCUGUUGUCAUGGAAACCUUCAAUCAGGCCCGCUAUCAUAUUAUAGUCAAAGAGUACAUGGUAUCUCGGGAGAUUUUAUCUCUACGAGAGGCAAACUAUAGAGAACCAGUGUUACGAGGUACAAGGUGGAAGCUGCCAAUCAAAUUGGGAACUUCCUUUGAAAACAUCUUAAACAGUAUGGCAGAUGUCAGUUUGUUGAGGUACACCUACAGUGAGGAGAAGUAUCUGUUGUCUGUGGACUUUAGGAAAGGUUGUAUAUACGUGGUGCUGGACAAGACCUCCGGAGUGUUGGAUCAGCUCAAAGCUUGUUACCAGGCAGAACUCAUUAACUAUGCCUGUGAUCACUAUGUGGAAUCCGAUGACAGAUUGAGGAAUCUGAUCACAGCUGUUAGAGACAAGAACACAGAGGAAGUUAUCUCCCUUUCUUACCAGUGUAUGGCCAUGCUGUUCCCCCAGUGCCUGGAGGGCAUGUUACAGGAGGGAUGGGUGGUGGAGCCGUCUCUGUUAGGCCCAGAUGAGUGGAGGGCCAUGUGGGAUUUUGGGGGACUCACACAGAAAAAAGGCUACUGAGAUUUGUAGUUGUCAUGAUAAGAGGACUUGAUCAGAAAAGAACAGCUGAUAGUGGUGUAUGACAGAUAAAGGCAAAUACAGAUUUGGUGAGGAAUCUCGGCAGAGCGUACUUCAAGAGAGAUACCCAACAACUUUAGGGUAUAAAGGACUCUACCAUGACUAAUUCUGGGACCUGAUUUAGAAACAGAUACCAUAUAUGACCUAAAAUUUUGCCCCAAAAAAUGAAUAUUUAGAGGCAAAUAAAUGUCACAAAAUAUUAUUUUUGGUGCUGAAACGUACAGUAAUUACAGAAUUAGGAAAAAUGGGCAAGUGAGUCAUGGUGGAAGUUUAUGAUCAUGUAGAGUAGUUGUUGUUAUCUUGGUUAAAGGGCAUCCAUUCGGAAAAAAUUUAAUAAAAUAUUUAUUCAGGUUCAGGGGCCUUUUAAUCAAAAGAACAGGUGCUACUUUGGAAAGUGCUUUGACAUUUGUGGCAUUUUGACUACAUGUACUUGAAGCACUUGAAUUGGUACUGUAGGCAAUACGUUGUCCUUGCACAUGUACUUAUGUGGUAGGAUCUGAUAGGGAGAGUCCUUUGUGUCAUAGGAUGUGAAAAAGGAACCUGUAGCUGGUGUAUUGUUUUUUUGAAAAGCAGUUCUUUAUUGUUAUUUCAGCUACAAUAAUUAAAAGUGCAGAUUACUUCAGCUUGAAAGAUCGCCAUGUUGAACAGGGACCUAUCCGAUUAAAACAGUGGUAAUAAUUUACAAUACUAGACAUAGACAUUUCUGUGAUAUUGUAUUCACAAUUUUGAUUUUGAAAGCCUUUUUCAUUCCAAGUACCUCUUCUUGCCAGUUACCAAACAGCUGUGAAACUCUUUGGUUUUCACACAAGUGAUCCAGUAGCAUGAUGUAGACGUUGGACAGCUGUCCCCAAAGAUCAUCUGGGAAACUGUUGGGUUUUGAUGCUAGUGAUCUAGUAGCUUGAUGUUGAUGUUGGACAGCUAUCCCCGAAAAUUAUCUGUGAAAACAGUGAUUAAUCUUAUUCCGCUGAUUAGUGUCAGGUUUUAUUUUGUAAGAGCUAUUAAAUGAAGAAGUGAUUUUUCCACCAAAGUACUGAUGGAAACAGCCUUUAUGGUUUUGAAAGGUUACAGAUCUCAAGGCAUACUGAGUUGACAUUGCAUGUGUAUGUUUUAAGUCCAUGUAAAGCUAUUCAAGAGGAGGCAUUUUGAUUAUUUUUUUUUAAAGAUAUAUUACUGUCAGAUUCUUGUAGGGGGCAAUAUUUUAAAUUAUGAGAUUUCAAAACAUUAAUCGUUGGACAUCAGACUUGGGUGGCGAUGGAUUACAAUCUCAGUUAUUGAUGUAAAUCCAUUUAGUGGGGAAUUUAAAACAUGCUUUCUCAGAUGCGAUACUUGACACCCAACUUGACCAAGAGUUGGCUAAUGUCUGUAAAUAAUAGCUCAGUAUGUUGACUUACUUUCAGACAGAAAUCUCCACACAAAUGUUUUAGGUAUGGUUCCUGAAACAAAAGAACGUACUUGUGUGACAUCCAAUUCAAUAAAG